AUCACAACUAAAACCGAUACGAUAUUGAAAAAUAUAUAUUAUAUCAACCAGUUUGAAUUUAAACAUAUAUAAAUAUAUUUAUAUCAUAUAUUCUGAAUUAGAAGAUCUACCGACAUAUUUUUAAAAACCGACUAUCCUAGCAAUUUAAUCACUUUAACCUAUUUUUAAAAUGAGUGGAAGUGGAUCGAACGAUGGCACCAACUAUUUAGCCCGCCUCGAGAGUUUCCAUCAACUCGACAAGGAGAGAGAGGAUAUGUUAAAAGAAUUAAUCAAUAAUUAUCAGGACCUUGAACAGCGCUUCCAAUCCAAAUGCAGAGAACAUGAAAACGAGGCGCAGACACGCAGUCUUUACCAGCAACAAGCUAAUGAUGCAAUUAAAAGACUUACUGAUAUACAACAUAGAACGGAAGUUAAUUCAUUUGUUUUUGCAAUCAUCGACGGCGAUGGUGCCUGUUUUCGCGAAGACUGGAUUAUAAAAGGAGCUGAAGGCGGCGCCAUAGCUGCCCAACAGUUACGCCUCGAUAUUAAACAACAUCUUAAAGAUAUUUAUCCCAAUGUUAAUGUGGACCUUUGGAAUAUCAUUGUCCAGAUUACCCUCAAUCUUGAGGGUCUUUCUAGGAAGCUUGAAAAGAUUGGGUUCGUAAGGACUUUAAAUGACCUCCCCGCUUUCACUCGCGGCUUCAGCCGCGCCCAAGGACUAUUUUCAAUUAUCGAUGUUGGCUGGGGAAAGGAGCAGGCCGAUUUUAAAGUCCGGGAGACGUUACGCCUCAUGGUCCAUAACUUACAAUGCAAGCAUAUUAUCUUCGGACCUUGCCACGACAGAGGCUACAUAGUGGAACUGAGACCCUAUCAGCUCGAGACCUCAAUCUCUACUAAACUUUCACUGCUCGAAACUACCCCUGCACCGCGCGACUUCCAGGAGCUUCGGCUUCGCAGAGUUAGAUUCGGCGAUGUGUUUCGGUCUGAACCCCUUCCAGAUGGACCGCCGUCUACGCCUCCUGUUAUGUUGUCGCCAACAAGACCAAAAACGCCAAUGAACCCUUCCGGCAUUACCUCUGGCAUUUCUUCUAGCAUGGCUUCUGGCAUUACUUCCAGCAUUGCCUCUAACACUACUCCUAUAACUCUAUCCAGAAUCCCCUCUACUUGGGACACUCCGCCUCCGACUAUUAAAGAAUCUAGGAAAUUUACAAGUACCCAAGAUAAUUCAGCAAGAUCAACCACACCUCCACCAAAAUACUGCGUAAUCAAUUUCUCGGGUCAGCGUAUCGACGAAGAGAUCCCGUUCUGUGACUCUGACGCCGAGUACCGCCUUCAAAUGCGUACCGCAAGAGAAGAGAUGAUCAUGAAGAAAAGGGGGCCUUGCAACCGAUGGCAUUUAAACGCUACAUGCGAUAUAACCCAAUGCCCUUACUACCACGGGGAGCGUCUAAGCCUCGGCGAGCAGAUCGUGCUGAGGAGAAAGGCCAGGAGCAAGCUAUGUGCAAGGGGGGGUGCUUGUCGGGAUGUCGACUGCUUUUGGGGCCAUCAUUGUAGGUAUGGUGGGAAGUGUGUUCGUAGAGAUUGUAUCUUCAACGGUACCCAUGAGGUGGACACUACACCAGCCGAGAGAGUUUACGAAGAUGGCUCGCACGAAAGGCUAUCUAAGAGGCCAUCAUACUAAACAGGAUAACUCAUGGUCGCUUUGCCGUGUCUUUGAAACUGCCGUCAUGGUUAUUGUUGCUGGGGGUCGUUGAUUUUUAAUUCCUAAAGAUUGAAACAGAUUUUGAUGACACUUACGGUUCUAAGAGCUCGGAUGUGGUCAUUUAUCCUAGUUGGAACGGGAGAUUUUACGUAAUGUUACAAUUGAUAGACUACCUAUUCAACAUAGUAGUCAUAUUUACUUAGCCAGAAGCUUUUUUAUUCAAUAUCAUUACUAUAUAUUCCA